ACUAUGUUAUAGCCGUCAUAAAUAGCAUCUUACUCUAGUCUAGCUGCUUGCCAGAACAGAACCAAAUAGGAUUCUGCGAGGGCUUCUCAUUAGUAGUGACUUGUUCAGAUAUAUAUAUAUUUAUAUUUAUACCCACCCACAAGAAUUUCGAAUCGCAUUUCGCCUGCUUCAGCUCUUCCUCACAAAUGUUUGCAACUAAUUAAUUCAUACAUCACCGACUUCUUCUACUCACCCCUCCCCAUCCGAGUUAGCUUCGGUCUGGUUGGAUUUUUAGGGUUUGUGACCAUCUCUUGUGACUUUUAAUGUAAUAGUCUCUGCUAGAUUUCACAAAAUGAUUACAGCCCGGAUGAAUGGAUUCCCUUUUUACGUCGAAUAAUCGUCAACUUCUAGAAAUAUCUACGAACAGUAUUCUUUCGAACUUAACUCAGAGCGAGAGAGAUAAACGAACGAGAUCUCUCUCUCUCUCUCUCUCUCUCUCUCUCUCUCCUCUGAAUAAUAUCAACAAUAAUAAAAGAACGAAGGAGGAUCGCUAAACAUGUCAUUGACAAUCAAGGCAUAUAUCCUUUCAGGUCGAUCUAAGACUGAUUCCGUUGAGAUACGAAGGUUCAAUGUAUCGGACAAUACUGUCAGGAACUACCACCAACUUGAGGAUAAAGUAUAUGAAGUGUUUCCUAGUUUGAACCGAACUGGAAUCAAUUUACACUGGAAAGAUAAUGAUGGUGACUUGAUUCAUUUCACAUCAGAUGAGGAACUUGCUGAAGCCCUGAGAACUGCUGUAGAUGGAGUUCUUAAAGUCUUCAUCCAAGAAAAGUCCAAAAGUCAAGGAGAACUUCAUCCAGGAGUCAUAUGUAACAAGUGCGGCAAACAGGUUCGCGGAAACCGUUACAAGUGUUUAAUAUGUCAAGAAUAUGAACUGUGUGAAGAUUGUGAAAAUCUAAGAGUUCAUCUGGAACAUGCAGUCAUCAGAAUUCCAUCUCCAAGCACUCUUUGGAUGCCACUGGUAACGGUUUCCAGUAAUCCAGUAUCACCAGCUGUGAAAAAUAAAUCUGUAGACUUCAACCAAUCCACCAGGUGUAAUGCUACUCCUUUUGAUAUCCAUGAAUACCAGCCACCACUUCAAUCACGUCCAGGUUUUGCUGCGGCAAUGUGUGACCCCUUCAUGCAUGACUGGUCCUUACUCUCAGACUCUGCUCACGCUAGUUCUUUGAGUCCUGGCAGUGGAGUUUCUAGAAUUAUUGAUUCUAUUACACAUGAUGAAAAUAUACCUCGAUCAGGUGGAACGCAUCAGCUGCCAAAGAAACCCAUGUCUAGAAGUCUCUUUGACUUUGAUGAUGAUGAUGAUGAUGUUGGAGAGUUACCAAAAGAGUCAACACCUGAGGCGAAACCAAACAAACCUGAAGGGAAACCAUUAGAAAGCAUUGGUCCAAAAGAUAAGAAGCUUGAUGAGAAACCCUUACCAAUCGCCAAACCAAAACCAAAACAAGCUGUAACUGUUGAACUACCAUCAAGUAUUUCUGGUAAUUCCACCCUAGGAUCUCAUUCACCUCCAAAGUCAAGCCAAGUGAUAACAGAAGCGAAGCCAUCUCCUUCAGCCACUUCCAUGGAUUUUCCUGAAAGUCUAGAAAGUUCUUACUCACAGCCUCAGCAUGCUUCUAAAUAUGCAGAUUCCUUAAACAAAUCAAGAGAAGAAAGUCACUCAGCAGCAGCUGUUAGUAACAUAGGUGGUGCUGAAGCUGAUGUGUCACUUGACAGCUUAACAUUGACCAAUCAGGCUACAGCCAUUACACAAGAGGAUCCUGAGAAAACCGAUGCAACUACAAAUGACAGUUCUGAAGACACACCACUUUCUAAUAGUAAUGGUAAUACUACAGCUGAUACUACUACCAACAAUAACUCUACAGAGGAGGGUGAAGUUGCUUUGAGAGAAGAGAACAGAAGCAAUGAGAUAACAUCAAAUAAUUCAGAAGACAAUGAGACCACGACAGAAACAACUGCAGAGCAACGAAGAAACGGAUCCUCACCAACGGUUGACUACAAUUUGUAUUACCCUAAAAUUCGCCGGUAUGCAGAGGCACUGGAUAACUUGCUGAGUAUGGGCUUCACCAAUGAAGGUGGCUGGCUCUCGUUACUGGUUGAGGAGAAACGAGGAGACAUCAUCCGUGUCCUGGAUUUCAUUGAAAACAACAUCCAAAAAUGUAAAGAAAAUGAGCAAGCCAAAACAAGGCGCUGAGAAGAUUUACAUCAUAAGCCAAAGACUAAAGUCUAUCAACAAUAGCACUUCCUCCCACAAACACAAUUAAAACAACUAAUUAUUUUUACCUUUGAAUUAUUAAAACAUAAAAGAAAGAAAAAUACUUAUUUUGAAA